ACAAACAACGCAGCAGCCAAGAACAUUUGUGAAGAGUAUUUUUUUUUCACAUAUACUCUUCACCUUGACUGAAGGUAUAUUUCAUAUUUGGCAAUGCAGGACAGUGAAGUAACAAUAGAUAAGCUGAAACAGCCUCUUCCCCUCCUAUCACCAAUGAGCAAUGUUGUGGUGAUGAUAGACUAAUAUUUUAUCAGAGAAAAGAUGUUGUAAUUUGGGAGUGGUCGAGAAAAGUCUGUAUAUAUAUCACCUGGGAAGAGUGAAGACGCAGACAGCGACUGCUUAGACUUCUACUACUUUAUUGAGUAUCCAGCAGCAUCAGUGCUUUUCAUCAGAAUAACUUUACUGUAACAUUCAAAUAAGAACAUGGCCAAGCUGCAGUCAGGAUGCCGUCCCACCCACCAACAGAUCUGUUGAUGGGAUCCCGCCCAACAGGGGAACGGUUCAUGGGAACGCGCCCAAGGGAAUUGUGGGUAGGAUAUGUGAACUACGUGCCCUUGGUGGGCACUUCUGCCAACAUGGUGGACGGCUUCAUUGCGCUGCUCCAAGGAGACCGAAAGACCGCGGAGGCCAAGGGCUAUAAGGACUUCCUGGAUUCAGCUGGAAUCCGUGACCUGAAGCCAGGGUCCAUCCUUCAGAACGCCAAAAGCCAGACAGUAGUCGGGUGCAGUGCCAAAGUAUCCAAAGAUAUAAAUGACUACAUUAUACAAGCAGUAAAACCAGGGGCGAGCGCCACUGUUAAAGUUACUAAGGCAGCCCAGGCAGGUACAAAUCUAUACACAAACCUUUCCACGUCUUUCGAGGCUCUCAGGGAUAAAUUGAAAGAACGUCGUAUAGACUUGCUAAAAGAUGUACAACAGAACCGAAGGUCUACCCGGGGAGAACACGUUUUCAACAACGCCCUGCUUGGGUUAUAUGGGUCGAUAAUUGAUUUGUUCAUUGAAAGGCACGUCACAAACGGUAACAGAGUGACGUUGGUCGACCGUAUCCCAAACAGCAGCGUUAGUGACGCCUUCCAAGGGAACGCCCCAGAUGGCGAACACAUCAACUUGACUGCUGAUCAGAGACAAAACAUUAGAACCUGGGUAGUUCACAUUCCAGACAAUGUGGUAUAUAUCCCAAUCAACAACAUUCUGUUUGCAUACAUGGCAGACACCAUUAGGCUCAAUGCUGUUGACUACAUGCAUUUAUUUCAUCUGCAUCAAAAUAAUAUGAACGUGUUGCGUAUUCUCGCUCAAUCAGUAGAAUGGAUGCAUAUGCAUCGCGUUUAUCUGGACCCACAGGCCGCGGAAAUUUGGUUUUCUGAAAACCCAAAUCUCAUUCCUCAAUUUCACAUAACUGAAGACGGCGUGCAACGUAUGCUGAGGCACCUCGAUCCCGGGAGGUCAACCCUGUUACAUAAUUUUGUGAAUGACCUGACACGGGCCGCCCAACUGGUGGGUGCACAUUUCCAUUAAUUGAUUUUAUGGGUUAACCGCAGGUAAGAAGCCUUAUGCAUUCCUGCUCAUUGUAAAAUUCUUAGUAGCUUCCGUCAAAAAAAACUUCUUUUUUUUAAAUCAAACUCUUGAAGCUUGUAAGUAGCCUACAGAUGCUGCAUUGCUUUAUCAUUAUUAUUAUUAUUAUUAUUAUUAUUAUUAGUAGUAGUAGUAGUAGUAGUAGUAGUAGUAGUAGUAGUAGAAGCAGGCUCGACUGCCUUGGCCCUGAUACGGUCGGGGAAGAAGAUUAACUUCAACACCGUGAGUGAAGAUUUAUUUAUUUUCCAAAACUUAGUUUAAGUUUCAUUUUAAUUUUUAGAUUUUCAAUGUUUUAUAGAAGACAGUGCAACUGUGUCCUUUUAUACUUUCUAAGGUAAUGCAUUUCCUCCUUUCUCAAAAUGCGCGAAAGUGAAGGGGUUUUAUUUUAUCCCGAAAUAUUUUAUUUCGAAAUGUAAGCACUACAUAAUGUUUAAAAUUAAAGAUUAAAAAUGUAUCUUUAAUAAUUUAACUUAAAUCUUUUUUUAAACUAUAACCAUUGCAUUAAUUUGCAUGUUCUUCUGUAAGAUGUUAAAAUAUCUUUCAACUACUGGUGGAGAAAACGAUGUAAUUGUUUGGGUGUUGGUGACAUCUUGAAGGGUUUCAUUAAAUAAAUUGUCUGCAAACGAUUA